UAGAUAACAUGUAGAACAGUUAACGUCAAAAGACCCUCUAAAGAUUUGCUCAUUAUUCUAAUAAUAUUUACAAAGGAUGCACCACUACGUCAAGAGCUUUUAACACCUGGAAGUAAAAUUAUUCGUGAGUGGUCAAUAUAAUAAGUAGAAGUAGAAACAUUUGACGGUUCACUUAGGCCAAUAAAAACUAAGAUGUGGCGUUAAUAAGAUAUUUAAAAUAAUUUGGCUGACAAUGCCAUCGUCUCAAACCAUCCACGCGUCGAUAUGUUCAUGGAUUGAAGGAAAAGGUCUGUGGUCCACCCCGACCACUCCUGCAAUCAAGUCGCACUGUUUAACCAAUAUCCUGGGCUGCAGUUGACGCGCUGCAGGGCCACCGUGGCACCUACAUUCCAUUCCCCAACCCUCUUUGAAAGCCGAUCUUACUUGUUUUGUCUAAUCUCGUGGAAACACGUGUGCAUAUUCUCGAACCUUUCUUAAUAGAAAGUAGAAACCCAUUUCCACUUGAGUAGGAGAGAAAAUGAUACUUUCUCCUUAACAAAACUCCACGUGUCCCUCCUUUCCUUUUUCAAGAGUGCUUCACACCCUCCCAUACUUGGUUGGCCAACACGUGGGCCCCCAAAACACAGAACUCAAUUACUCCUCCAGGAUACGCCAACUUUAGGUGGGCCCCGCGUCAGACGAAUCAGCCAAUGGGUUCUCAGCACUGUUGGAGUGGUGCCCUAGACACGUGGUGGUUCCUCACCCAGCCACCACGCUCCUGCUAUGAUUAUCGCUUCAGCUCCCGGAGACUAGAGAGAGAGAUAGAGAGAGAAAGAGAGAGUGAAAGAGAGAGAAAGGGAGACAGACAGACAGACAGACAGAGAUCAGGCAUCCAAGCCAAGGGCAAGGAGAGGAAGAUCUUGCCAAGAGGGUGGAUGGACGCUGGAGAUGGUUGGCACGUGGCAGGCGGCGAGAGUCUUGCGCAAGAUAAGACGAUAAUCAACCGGAUGAUGCUCAGAUUCCGGCCGAUCGCUCCAAAACCAGCGGCCGUAGGGUCUUCUUCCGGUCCGAUUUCGCCGGACAAAAAGAGCCCACAUUUGACCAGCAAGAGAGUGAAGAGGAAGUACAUUAGGGUUGGGAAGAUUAAUAAUAAUAGCGGCAGCGGCAGGAGAUUAAUUAACACUAGCUCUUCAGCGGAAGAAGAGACGCCGAAAGUCUCCUUGGACUCGGCCAUCGUCACUCUUCAGCUGAUGCCGGAAAAAACAGACUUUCAAGGUUUUCCAGGUACUGGAUCUUGGUGUAGUAUAGAUCCUACGGUUGCGAAAAUCCGGGAUAACCGGGACCUACCAACGUGGAUGACCCUGAACGACCCUAAGAUGAGCAGGUCCGUCGGGAAGAAGUAUGUUUCGGCGGGGCCAGAUCGGACGGCCGUGGUGCCUCGGGUGAUGGCCUUGGAGUCGUGGGUGACGGUGGAAAGCGUGACAGACACGUGCAUGGACGUACGAGGGUUAGGUUGUACGGACGUGGAGAAAAUGAGGAUAUUAGAGAAGGACACGUGUCCGGGGUUUAUAUCAGACGGUUCAAACAGGGUGAAGUGGGUGAACCAGGCCUACAAGAGGAUGGUGGUGAGCCAGUGUGAGGAGCAGCAGGCGGAGGCGGCGGAGGUUAUAGUGUGGCUGGUGACGAAGGCGAAUCUACCGCCGUAUGCGUACCCGGGAUUCACGUGCAGGGUGAGGGUGCAGUACUACACGUGGCAGAAGGAGAAGUGCUCAAAAAUGGUGCCGUGUGAUGUGUGGAGGAUGGAGUGUGGGUUGGCUUGGAGGCUGGACAUCAAGGCUGCGCUUAGUUUGGGACUUUAAGGGAGCUUCAACAACUGCUGAUAUAAAUCAGGGUUUGAUCUUAAUUUGUGAGGCGGCCAACUUCUGAUGAGGAUCUGAAGAAUAAUUGCAAAUAGAGUCUUGAAAGUGUAUAUUGGUACGUAAGCAGUAUCAGAUUAUUAAAUUGUUAAUUAGCAACCGAUGAAAAGGUAUAUAUAAUGGAAAUGGAGUGCUUUGGAAGAAAUCUAAACAGAUUUAGCAACCGCAAAAGGGCUGCAACAUGCGUUAUGAAGCUAAGAGGGGAGACAUGCAUGAAGCUAUGUAAAAACCUCUGUUAGAACACCAUCUAGUGUUUCAAACCUGGUAUGUUUUAUGUUUUUUCUUUUCUUUUUUAAUCCAGUAACGCACGUCUUCAUCAGAAAUCAAUACUUCUCCAUUUUGUCUUCAUCAAGUUUCUGCCAUUAAUUGUUUCCAUCAGCAUCAGCAUCAGCAUCAGAUAUAUAUAUCUACAUCUAAAGCUUAUCGUGGCCUAAUUAUUGGAGAAAGACUUUCAUGCAAUAGGAAUAGCUGCUAUUCUCUAUUCUCGGUCAAUAACGCAAUAAUAAGUGAGAUAAUUUUUUCACGUGUCAUUGUGUUAUUAGUUGCAGAUAGCAAACUAGUUCUAUCCCCAUUACAAGUAAGUCUUUCUGCAAUCAUUGGCUUUUCUUCAUAUAUAUUCACGAUCACAUCAUAAACUUGAAGGUCACUUUCCUUAUGGGAAAACUUUAUAUAAUAUUUUA